UGGGAGUUUAAACAGUGUUUGCAAACAGUGUUUAGACGUCUAUUUUCAUUGACAGCACAAAUACCACGUGAAGACCACAUGAACUGCUAUACUGAAGACUUCGAGGAAUACCACGAAGAGGAGGCCAGUGAUGAUGAUUACGGUGACCAACUCGACCGCAUACUUGUGCCCAAACUUCCGGUCGCCAACUUCGACCACUACGACCCCAGUCGACCCCCAGUUACCGGUGAGGAAUACCUACGACGAGUCCAACUGGAGGCCCAGAAGUGUCCCGAAGUAGUGGUGGCCAACCUCGACGUCAAUCAGUUCACACCAAACCAAACGCUAAUCAUUGAAAAUUCAAAUGGGUUCAUAAGAGCCAAACCGGAGUCGACGCCAUCGGUGGACUGGCAGAGGGCACAGGUGUCUGAGUUCAGUCACGUGCGGACAAGUUUGGCGCGAAUGCGAGCGCACAGACCGCCCGGCACUGCGGUCGACCCCAUCGCCGACAGGCCUCCCGUACGGCACCGGUCGAUGAGUUGGUGGCGAGACUACUGUAUCGGCAAACGGAGCGACCACUCGAGCGAUUCGGACAGCGAUCGCGGGGGCGGUGGUGGCGAUGAGGACGAGUCGGACCUCUCGACGCCCACCGACACGCCCCACAACUCGUCAGCUCUUAAGCGCGAAAAGCGGGCCAAACGCGAAUCAAACCUCCCGCUCAUGAGUACCAUCUGUGCGCUAACUCAAGACGAAGUGAUUGUUUUGUUGAGUUUUUACGCCAAAUGGUGUCAACAGUACCGCUUCACUGAGCACUUCGGCCUCUGGAUAUACGCCCUUCUCGUGGCCCUCGAGAAGCCACUGCCCGCUGAAGUGUACUCCACGUUAAGAGACUUGAGUCGUGUGUGCAGUGAAUGCCGGCAUAAGAUUGGAUCGGAUUGUGAUUCAAAUGUUUUGAUUUCAUUGAAUCUCAUUAUCUGUAUAAUCGGCCGAUAUUUCGAUCAAAACGAUAUGUGCGACCAAUAGAGCCGUUGUGUGCGAUCAGUGACUCGUAUUUUAUAGUAAAUUAAUUUCUAAAUUAAUAAACUCAUAAAACGGAUAUUAAAUCAUUGAUGGAUUGCUGUUUUGUGACAAUUUGUUGCGAUGUAAAGGCGAUUAUAAUUGCCGUUUGGGAACUGGAU